AUGGUUUCUCGCUCCGAGGUGAGUGAGGGGCAGCGCCCCCUCACCCCAUCUAGAACCCCCGGUACGCCGAUGAAACCGCGAUUGGCACGAGUCCAGACGAGUCCGACAAAGCGAGAACAAAAGCCAAAGGAGGAUCAACCAUUGAAGUCAUCGGCCAUGGAUGUUGCGGAGCUCAAGGACUAUCAAUUGGGUGACUGCCUGGGAAGAGGCGCUUUUGGAUCAGUUUAUCGCGCCCUGAAUUGGAACACUGGCGAAACUGUUGCGGUCAAGCAAAUCAAACUGGUGGAUCUCCCUAAGAGCGAACUGCGUGUUAUAAUGCUUGAAAUUGAUCUUCUUAAAAACUUGGAUCAUCCAAACAUUGUCAAGUACCAUGGAUUUGUGAAAUCUGUAGAAACUCUAAACAUCAUCCUGGAGUAUUGUGAAAACGGAUCACUCCACUCCAUCGCUAAGAACUUUGGACGAUUCCCGGAGAAUCUUGUGGGGUUGUACAUGUCGCAAGUUCUUCAUGGAUUGCUAUACCUACACGAGCAAGGUGUCAUUCAUCGUGAUAUAAAGGGCGCCAAUAUUCUUACUACCAAGGAAGGCCUUGUCAAGCUUGCUGACUUUGGUGUGGCCAGUCGGACCACUGGUUUGAGCGAGUCCAGCGUCGUUGGCACACCAUACUGGAUGGCACCAGAGGUUAUUGAGCUCUCCGGUGCGACGACCGCCUCAGAUAUCUGGAGCUUGGGGUGUACAGUCAUUGAACUACUCGAGGGAAAGCCACCCUAUCACAGUCUGGCUCCUAUGCCGGCAUUAUUCCGCAUUGUCAAUGACGACCAUCCACCACUCCCCCAGGGUGCAUCCCCAGCCGUGAAAGAUUUCCUCAUGCAAUGCUUUCAAAAAGAUCCCAAUUUGCGAGUGUCUGCGAGGAAGUUAUUGAAACACCCGUGGAUAGUCAACGCUCGCCGCUCUGAUUCCGUUAUACCUAAGAAAUCCACAGAAUACGAAGAAGCAGUUCGAAGUGUGCAAGAGUGGAAUGAGGCUCUCCGUUCUCCGGAAGCGGGAACAUCACGGAAAAGCAACAAAUUUGACAAUACUGCCUCGCAUCCCGUCCGCAACACACCGUUGAUGGAUACAUUACCCUCUCCAACUUCCAUGAAGACAACAGAUCGCUAUAGAUCUCCCGAAUCUGCCCAAGAUGAUAAUUGGGACGAUGACUUUGCCACGGCAAUUUCUCCAAGCGCACUUCAAUUACCUCAUCUACGUCCACACGACAACUUUGGGGGUAUGCUUUCGUCUGAAAGAUUGAAGGCAUUUGCUUCACUUGACGGUACCAUGUUGAGACCAGACGACAGCUUCGACGAAUUUGAGGAGACAUCUGACUCAUUCCAAAUCGCGGAAAAUGAUCCUUUACAAACGAUUCGUCCUUUACCAGCCAGGCCUACAGCCAUCGAGCCCUCCAAACCUCAUAGUCCGACUCGACGUCAGCCUAGCAAAGCUUCGUCAUCCGCCUUUCAAAAAGUUCCCAUUCUUUCACAAAACCCCGUGCCACACAUGAGGAGAGAACGACCAGCCCAUCUCUUCAAAGAGAAUCCAGUGGAGGAUUAUACUGACUUCAUAAUGGCUAAUGAGGAUGUUGAUGGGAAGGUUGCAGCGUAUAAAGAGACGGAUGGUGACCCCGCAUCGCCUAUACGUGACAAGUCAGUCUACGAUUUCGAUGAAGAUCGGGGUGGCCAGCAGCCUCAGCUUCGAAAACAGCUCUCCGUUAAGCGCGAUCGUUCCACCAUUGAGAUCCAGAAGUUUACUGAAAACGAAGAUGAUGAGGAUUUCUCGGAUAUUCUUGGCAACGAUCAGGUCGCUCUAAAUACGUCUGAGAGCGAUGACGGGUCUGAACAGAACAGCUUGAAGUUGAACACCAAACUAUCAACCAAUUCAUGGUUGGGCGACCAAGACGACGAAGAUGAUCCCUUUGCGCAAUUGGAAGAAGGCUUCGAUGAGAUGGAUUUGGAAGCAAACAUCCAGCGUGACAAGAAUGCUCGCCUCCGCAGUCAGGUGGAGGGCUUGGUGGACUCUUUGAAGACUUCCCAGGACGAGGAUGUUCUUGCGGAAAUUUCCGAACAGCUUCUUGCUGAUUUCUUUGACCUGCCCGAUACCAAAAAUAUCAUCAUUGGCGCCCAUGGAAUGCUUCCGAUCCUGGAAAUCCUCGACACCUGUCGUCGUCGGGAUGUUAUAUUCUAUCUGUUGAGGAUUGUGAACGCUAUCAUCUACAACGAUUAUGAGGUCCAGGAGAACUUGUGCUUCGUUGGUGGAAUCCCUAUCAUCAAUGAGUUCGCGUCGAAGAAGUACCCCCGCGAGAUUCGACUUGAGGCCGCCGCCUUUGUCCAGCAGAUGUACCAAACUUCGACACUCACCCUUCAAAUGUUCGUCAGUGCCGGUGGCUUAAAUGUCCUGGUAGAAUUUUUGGAAGAUGACUAUGAAGACGAACGUGAACUGGUGCUGAUUGGCGUAAAUGGAAUCUGGAGUGUCUUUGAUCUGCAGGUAGGGAUCGACGCCGAAAAACGAUUUCUGUCGAAUUUUGUCGCGGAAUUCCAUGAAGAGGGAGACCUGGCAGAUCUUGUAGAGGCUCGCAUUGCAAGCAUCUUCUUCAUUUUCUCGCAGGCUGAGAAUCAUGUCAAGGAAAUGGUAGCGGAGCGAACGGUUUUGCACAGGGUUUUGAAAGAUCUGAAGCGAAUGUCGCCCAUGCACCAGGUCACGAUGUUGAAAUUCAUCAAGAACUUGUCUAUGCUUUCCACAACCCUCGAUGCCCUGCAGAACUCCAACGCCAUCGAUGUCCUGACCGAUCUCCUCCGAUCUGCUAUGAAACUCAGCCAACGCCACUUCCGCGAAGUUUCAAACCAAAUUCUCAACACCAUCUACAACAUGUGCCGAUUGAAUAAGUCUCGGCAAGAAGACGCCGCUCUGAAUGGCAUUGUUCCCCUGCUCCAGAGGAUCGUCCACACCAUGGGGCCUCUGAAGGAGUUUGCCCUUCCAAUUCUUUGCGAUAUGGCGCAAUCUGGAAAGGUUGGCCGCCGUGAAUUAUGGCGCAACAAGGGUCUCCCUUUCUAUAUCUCUCUACUUGAAGAUCCCUAUUGGCAGGUCACCGCUUUGGAUGCUAUCUUUACGUGGCUCCAAGAGGAGACCGCCAAGGUUGAGGAGAGUCUGCUGGAUAAUCGCCAUGAUAAAAACUCAUUCGCCGAUUCCAUUGUGGCUUGUCUGGCCGAGGCGAAAGCAAAUGCCUUUGAGAAUCUUCUUGAGCCCCUACAAAAGCUUCUUCGACUGAGCCCCCCUGUCGCCUCUACCUUAGCUCGGCCCGAUCUGUUCACACGAUUAGGGCAGAAGCUGCACCAUAAUAAAGCCGCUGUCCGACUGAACAUUCUGCGUAUCAUCUCAAGCAUCUGCGAUUCAAGCGAACAACAAGGCGAACUACUCGUCUCAUACGGAUUGCUAGACGCGAUCCGCGAGCUCGAGAACGACCCGGCCAUCCUGGUCAGAGACAUGGCAGGCAAAUUGAUCCAGUCCAGCGAAAGGAGCGAAGCCUUCGGCGUCCCCAAGCGCCGACCAACAAGUCGAAGAAAAAGCACAUCAACGACUCCGCCCAAUCCCUUUGCCGCCUCAACCCCAUCCACCCCAUCCUCAAAUCGCACCAGUCAGUCCCGAGCCUCCUACUUCGAUGGUCGCGAAACUCCCCGUCACCCUCGUAAUGCCCUAGGUGGCUCCUCGCUCGCCCUCCGACCUGGAAGUCGGGACGGCAGUGGUUCGGCCUUGAAUCCAGCCGUUAACGGCAGCGCCAUUAACCCGCGUUCCCGACUUUCGCGUGGAAUAUCUAGUAAUAACCGUCUUUCGCAACUUGAAAUGCUCCAGGAUGAGGAGAGCAAGGCUCCGAGUUCCCUUGGUCGCAGACCGUCCAUUAUUCCUAGGCGGAGGAGAACGACUGUGGCCGACUCUGAAUGGACUUGA